AUGGAGAUUCGUUCGAAAGAAGAUCUUAUCGAGUAUCUACCCGACGACGCACCCUGGACAGUUUACCGUGACCCUGUCGAAGCCCUCCGAGCCCAAUGCGUGAAGCGGGGUCUUGAUCCUACUGGCCACGUAGUGGAAGUUCUCAACCGCCUCCACAAAUAUUCCCAACUUCACCCCGCUGGUGAACAGCGGAUCGUUCCCUGGCACUGCGGCGAGCCUCCUCUCUAUGUCGGCGCACUCUACCACGCUCAUAACAACAGAUAUUUGAUCGUCUCGGUCGAGGACAACAGCAACAAUACCUCGAUCGAGAAGAGGUUUACUUUAUGGGACCCUUCUUCGAUUGAGACGUUCCAUGUCAUCAUUGGCAGGGUUUCUAGGUGCAGUUGUCGGCUCAGCCGAGAGGAAGUAAGCCGCAAAAACCGCAUCUGUGGCCACAUUGUGACAACGUACAGAAAGCGGAACCUGGAGGCCCUACUACCACCUCCAGUUCUCUAUGGCAAUGAUGUCCGCAGCUAUGUGCAGUCCGACGAUGAAAGCUCAGAUGAUCACAUGACGCAGUCAUCGAGUGACGACGAUGAAUGGGAUAUCACAGACGACAGAGACAGCAACAACUUUUUCAAUGGAGACUCGGUUAACCGAUCCAUCGAGUUUUUCACGGAGAGGAGUCAAAUUCUACCUGGCUCCCCUUCCAUCGAGUCAUCAAAACCGUCUCCCGCUGUCUCAGAAGAAGAACCCGAGUCCCCCUGCCCUCUUCCUCGGAGACAGCUUCCCUCCAGAGCCGCGAAGGAGGCCACGCGGGCGCGUCCUGACGCAUAUACGGGAUCAUCGCCCCGUAGAAGAGCGCGGGCGCCCUCGCGUGAACCGAUACCUAAGGAGUGGACCAAGAAACUGAGCACAACGCCGAUUCCCUUGCCGAUAAUCCCAGGGUUUGCGAGGCAGCAGUUGUUUGGCAGUCAACCGGCUCGACGUAGCCAGAAUGCUGUGCCGGUUCCUAUCGUGCCAGCAAGUGCGCAGGGGCGAUUGAGAAGCUCGCAAGCCAAUGGUUAUGGUAUCCCGUUGCGUACCGCCACCGCUACGGGCUCUCAUGCUGCUCCCGCUCCGGGUUCUGCUGCUGCUACUUCUCACCCGGUCUCUGGUCUUGUUGCUUCAUCUGCCCACUUUUCAGGUACUGACGUCGCACAUUUCUCAUCAUUUUCCCCUUCUCCCGAACCUUACUCACCUCCUGUUGGUCUUGGGACCAAUAAUCCCUCUCUCUCUUUCGCCAUCUCUCCCGACGGCUCGGACUUUUCUUCCAUGUCACUCGCCGCCCCAGAUACCAACGCCUCUUCUUCCCCUACCAAGAGAAACAAUAAAAAGGGGAAUUCGGUGAUGAGCCCAGAGAACAAGAAGAGGACCGCUAGAGUCAGCGUCCGCCCCAUGGUAGACCGAGUCAGCAACGCGUUGAAUGGCACACUAGCCGACUGCGCAACUACUACUUCCACUUCCGUUUCCGCUGCUACUACCACCACUGCCACAACUGCCGGCGUCAGCACUACAGCAAAUUUGGCGAAGCAAAGAGAUAGGCGCAUGGCGAGACUCGUGAGGCAAAUGUCCCGCCUGGAAAAAGAUGCAGAGAAGGUAAAGCAGACCAAGGAGUACGCCGAGCAAGAGCUGAAGAGGAUGGAAAGAAAGAGGAGGAAUGUGGUCAGAAAGAUGAAUAAGUUGUGGGACAGGGAUAUGGACAGGAGUGCGUAA